UCUUGUCUUGCGGAACGAUUACCUGUGCAUAGGGAUCGAUGGCAGGCUGUAUACACUAAAUGGACUCUACCCAACAGAAAGAAGCGACGUCGCAUCCAGGAGAGCCAUCAAGUUCUACACCGACAAUCAGCCUAGAGACCAAGGCACUACGCUCGAGCGCACGAGUCAAGGCCGCAAAGGAAAAGGAAAGAGAACGCGCAGAACAACCUCAGCCCCCGAGCUCCUCACCUUCUAAACGUACUCGGGAGAUCACAUUGAAGGGCAAGGGGAAAGAAGUCUCGGACGACACUCCCAGAAUAAGCAAGAGAGCACGACGCUCGACGUUCCCUGCAGCACCCCCACUGACCAUCAACGAGCCCGUCAAAGACGCUAAAGGCAAGAAGCGCGCAGCUCCGGACGAGAAUUCUGACGAGGAGGCUGUGACUUCCGUAUCCGCACCUGUGAAGCGUACCCGACCUAGCACGACUACAUACUCCCUCCGAUCCCGCACAGAAGCAGUUGCACCACAGACUGAUAUGCCGAAGAAGAUCAGAUCGACCUCCGGAAAGGGCAAGACCGCAUCGAGGAACAAGGCGAUGGUUGCCAGUAUACCUAGCAGCUCGAGAGCCGAAGCCGAGGACAUUGAGAUGCUUGAUGCUGAGUAUAUACCUGAAGACGCGCACGACUCGAGCGACAAGCACGGCGACGACGACAGGGACGAAGAUGACGUUAUCGACGACGGUGGUGGGGAUGGCGGAGAGAGUGAUCACGAUGAUGAAGACGAAGACGCCGAGGAAGCAAGGGCGGAGCGCGGCUUGAGUGGUGCAGACGACUCUGCGCCACUAUCCAUGUUUGGAGACUAUCGGCAUCUGGGAAGCUAUAUGCUUGGUCUCUCGAGCCGGCUGAAGACUAUGCUCAACAACAUCAAGCGCACUGCUGAUCCAACCACUCGUCUGUUGACCCUUCAAGAGCUCAGCGAACUUCUCAGUAUCAGCACAGAAGACACUUUGGCUGGCUCCUUCCCUGUCGAGGCGUUCGUACGGGAACUUGUUAGGAUUCUCGGCGGCACUGGGAACGAACAAGAUGGGGACGAAGACGAAGAUCACGAACAGGAUGAAGAUGCUGCCCUUGCUGCUGCCAUCGCCCUCAGUACCGGAGGCGGAGCUUUCCAAGGUGACGAGAAUCUCGAGGCUCAGGUGCUGGCAUGUCGUUGCUUGGCGAACUUGAUGGAAGCACUGCCAGGUGUAGCUCACACUGUGGUCUAUCAUGGAGCAAUCCCCGUGCUGUGUAGCAAGUUGAUUGAAAUAUCCUAUAUUGAUCUUGCAGAGCAGACCCUGAGCACUUUGCAGAAGAUUUCGGAAGAGUUUCCUAGUUCGAUUGUUCGGGAAGGCGGCUUGGCCGCUCUCCUCAACUAUCUGGAUUUCUUCUCAAUAGCCGUCCAGCGAACUGCUCUCCAGGCUGCUUCGAACUGCUGCCGCAACGUGUCCCCUGAGCACUUCCCUAUGAUUCGCGGCGUCUGGCCCAUCAUACGGAACUGCUUGGGGUAUACUGAUCAACGCCUCGUUGAGUACGCCUGUCUGUGCGUUAUCCGGGUCGUGGAUGCGUACUACCGUACUGCGUCAGAUCAUCUGGAGGCGUUGGUCGAUACGGAGCUCAUCCAGGCGGUCAACAACCUCUUGAUGCCGUCUGGCGGCUCGCCUUUGAUUGCCGUCAACACCUUCACACAGCUGCUUCGAGCCCUUGCGACUUCAGCUAGGGCUAGCCCUAAGAUCACGCUUGUCCUCCUCGAAGCUGGUAUCGUCGACACACUGUACCAGAUCCUCACCGGCGUGCUGCCUCCAACCUCUAGCGGUACAGAUGAACAAGGCGACGCCGGUAGCGGUCAGGGCCUCGGAGGUGGCCUCGCCGAUAUGACAGUCAUGGAGAACCUCGCGCAUCGCCCGAAGGACCAGAUCGAGGAGGCACUGAGCCUCGUGUCUGAGCUCAUGCCACCUUUGCCGAAAGACGGAGUAUUCGACCAUAAGGCAUACACGGAGAAGGCGCUCAGCCGAAUGCACAAGCACAAGGCCAAGGCUGAACGGGCUGCCGCCCGUCUUGCUGCCGUCAACGCUGCCAAUCUGGCUGUGGGUCUUCCACCCGCGAGCGGCUCUGUCUCUGGAACAGUCGCUCCAACAGAAGAUAGUCCAGCUCCUGAAUCCGUCGCAGACAAUCAUUCCCAGGCCGAUCCCGAUACGCUGUCUGCUACUCCCGCCAAGGAGCAGUCAGUCAGCCGGAUAGAUCUACUACGUUCUAAACCCGACGUGGUUGGCCGAUUCAUGCAACUCAUGGUUCCAAUCCUCGUGGACGUUUAUGCCGCAAGCGUGAUCGCACCAGUGCGCGUGAAGAGCCUCACGGGUCUGUUGAAGGCUGUCAGCUUCCUAGACGCAGACGACCUCAAGCGUGUCUUCACGUUCGUGCCUGUCGCUAGCUUUGCCUCGUCUAUCCUGUCGUCCAAAGACUCGCCAUCUCUUGUAAUUGGUGCAUUGCAACUCGUCGAACUGCUCCUAACCAAGGUUCCCGCCGAAUACAAGCCUGCCUUCAAAAGGGAAGGUGUCUUCCACGAGAUCGAGGCCCUCGCAGCGAGGUCCUUGAACAGCUCGAAAGCCAAGGACAAGGAGAAAGAAAAGGACAAGGACGCUUCCGACAACCCUUCACCGGCAGACGCGGGCACGCCUACAUAUGUUCCCACUGUCGCGUCUUUGGCAUUCGUCCCUGGCUACAAGAAAUUAUCGUCCCUUGCAAACGAUCCUGACGAUGCUAUCACAAUCCGCGCAAAAGUCAUCAAGUUCAAAUACCUCAGCGGUGACGAGGCCGACACCAUGGACGACUUGUCGGCGCAGCUUGGUCGCUUGGUUUCUCAGCUCGCAGUCAAAGACGCCGAGGAAAAGGAUUUGAUGCCAGUCUUGGUAGAGCUUGCGAGCCUGUUCGCAUCCCCACACACCUCCGUGUCCAGCUUCGAGCUGCUUCAAAGUGGAGUUGUUGACGGCCUGCUGGCCUUCAUCUCGGAUUCAGAUAGGACCUCGAGCGUGGAGAAGCGAAGGGAGCUCUUUUUUGAAGCAUUUACUUCGCGCAAAGUCAAGGGCGCCAAUGGCCAGACACCCCUUGCCAUCUUUGUGAAGAAGCUCCAGGAGAGUCUCACCCGGAUGGAGUCAUUCGAGGUUGUUACCGUUGCUCAAAGUGCUGAUGAGUCCAAGAGGAGUUCCCCCUCUCUGCUAGCCAGGCAGAUACGUCUGCGUCUAGUGGGUGCCGAGGAUCCGGACGUGCCGAAGAGCUUCAACAAUGUCAUAGUCUCCAUCCAUGCCAUCGCGACAUUCCAAGCGCUACACGACUAUCUUCGUCCCAGGGUUGCCGGUCUCAUGGCUGGCGGUUCUCGGCUGUCUAGUAUGCUUGCUGCACUGCAAGCCUCUGGCUUCGCGGGAGCAUCUGCUGCUAGCGCUCUCGCGAGCGGUGAAGCCUCUAGGCCCGCAGACAACGACAACCCAUCACUAGACGGUGGUGUUACCCGACGACGCAGUCAACGUCUGAGUGCAAAGAAGGCGAAGGAUGCAGAGCCCGCCGCUGAAGGACAGAACAACGAUGCUGCUCAAUCUACCCCAGUCCUUGAGUCCCCUGAGGUGGCGCCAAGCGAGACAGUUGUGGAUGAUGACUUCGGUGCAGACUUCACCGACGACGAGGUUGACGUUGACGCUGAGGUUAUCGACGAAGACGGCGACCAGGAAGUACCAGACAAGACCGUCAAUGUGUCAGUCGGCGAUGAUGGGUCCAAGGUCAUCGCCCAGACGCCGGAUGGCACACGAGUCGCGACACCAAAUCCCGCAAGGAUCUCGAGUGGGCUUCGAACCUCAAUCACACCAAAAACCUCGUACGCUGCUGCGCUCAAGGCUAAACCAAACGACUGGCACCUCGAGUUCUCCAUGGACGACCAAAAGCUGCCACUCGACUUGACCGUGUACGGUGCCAUCCAUCAGCAGGAAGCCCGCAAGAAGACCGGUUUGCCGCCAAGUAUGAUUUGGCAAGGUAUCUAUACCGUGAAGUUCAAGAAGGUCUCGGGACCCGCGCCUUCGCCUGAAUCUCGUGGUGACGACGUCUCUUCACGAAGCCGCUCGCCAGCGCCAUCUUUGUCGUCCUUACCCGAGGACGCCCCCCACGCGAAGAUCUUGCGCCUGCUUCGCGUUCUGUACAAAUUGAAUGCCGUUGAAGCAGAAAGGGUCAGCUCCAACGCUCCAAUUCGCACGCUGCCAGAAUCGGCAUUCAUCAACAACAAGCUGACGGCGAAGCUUACCAGGCAGCUAGAAGAGCCGAUGAUCGUUGCCAGCUCUUGUUUGCCAGACUGGGCUUUAGACCUCCCGCAACAUUUCCCAUUUCUCUUCCCCUUUGCCACUCGUUACAACUUCUUGCAGUCUACAUCUUUCGGCUACGCUCGUCUCAUUCUAAAGUGGCAGAGCCAGCAGCAGCGUGGUCAAGAUAGUAGCUCUCGGCGAGACGAUGGCGUCGGCUUCCUAGGUCGCCUGCAGCGCCAAAAGGUCCGCAUCUCGCGAAAGCACAUCUUGGAAUCCGCGGUCAAGGUGUUCGAACUGUACGGCUCGUCGUCAUCUGUCCUCGAAGUCGAGUACUUUGAGGAGGUCGGCACAGGUCUGGGACCGACAUUGGAGUUCUACUCGCUGGUCUCGAAGGAGUUCGCUCGACGCGACUUGAAGAUCUGGCGGGAUGCUGACGAUACGAAGCCUGGUGCUUACGUCCAUCAUCCUGCUGGUUUGUUCCCUGCGCCUAUUCCUCCAGAAGACAUCAUUAGUGACGGUGGAUUGAAACGGACUCACAUCUUCCGCGUCAUUGGACAAUUCGUCGCCAAGGCCAUGUUGGACUCUCGCAUAAUCGAUCUGUCGCUCAACAAGGUCUUCCUAAAGCUCAUCCUCGGCGAUGAAAUUCCUCUGACCAUCGAGAAUCUGAAGCGUGUCGACCUUGAACUUGCUGCGUCACUUGUCAAGCUCCGCGGGAUGACCGUUCACACCGGCCAGAGCGACAAAAUACGACGCAAGCUAGGCAUGGUCAACGUUGAGGAUCUCGCGCUCGACUUCACCAUCCCGGGGUACGACAUCGAGCUUCGCCCCGGCGGCCGCGUUCUGGCAGUGACCUCGGAGAAUGUCGAAGAGUACAUCGCCGAGGUUAUUGACGCUAUCAUCGGCAAAGGUGCGAUGUUGCAGGCAAAGGCGUUCCGCGAAGGAUUCUCCAAGGUGUUCCCCAUUGCGGAUCUCCAGGCCUUCACCGGGGAUGAGCUUGUUAUGCUAUUCGGUAACUCCGACGAAGACUGGAGUAUCGAGACCCUCAACGAGGCGAUCAAGGCCGACCAUGGCUUCAACGUCGAAAGCCGGGCCAUUCACGAUCUUUUGGACAUCAUGUCCGAGUAUGAUCUACCUAUGCGCCGUAGCUACCUGCAAUUCAUCACUGGUAGCCCAAAGCUUCCCAUCGGAGGUUUCCGCGGGCUGAACCCGCCUCUCACGGUCGUGCGCAAGCCCCACGAGUCUCCGCUGACUGCGGACGAUUACUUGCCAAGCGUCAUGACAUGCGUCAACUACUUGAAGCUGCCCGAGUACUCGUCGAAGGCUGUGAUGAAGGAGAAGCUCACGAUCGCUAUGCGGGAAGGUGUUGGAAGUUUCCAUUUGUCAUAAUAUCAGCACCCAUUGUACUUGUGUCCCUUGUCAUCCCUGUGCUUAUAUCAUUACUUGUGUUAAUUAGACAUCGAAC